AUGCUCUCUCAACUCCUCCCAGUUCUUCUCGUGGCUGCGGCUCCUUUGAUUCAAGCCGCUGCCACUCCCAAUGCAGCUAACGCCAUUACUGAACUCGCCCAUAGCGACCUCAAAGAGCACGAUGGAAAUGGAUUUCUUAACUGUGUCCGUUCCACCAAUACUGAUUAUCACAUGUACGUCGACGAGGGAACUAUGGUCGUUACCCGAAGCCCCGGCCAGGAUAUCGAUUUGGAAGAACACGAUGCGCCUCUCAAGAGGUGUGUUGAGGUGUCAGCAAGAUCCAUGAUGAUUGCAGUCGAGAAUGCAAGUGGCAAGAGCCAGCCUCACCCUCGCAGUAUUCCAGUUUCAGACGCCUCCUUCGACUGGCUUAAGGGAUCUGGCGCCCAAGGCCUACGAGGGGUUCGCUCAGUAUCUCCAAUCUCAGCUUCCGGUCUUGCCGCUCGCCAGGAGACUCACUAUUUCGCAUACCCGUCCUUCCACAAGAACUGUGAAAGCCCGGACCUCAAGUCGUCUUACCCAAACCAAUGUUAUAGUGUUGCGUCAGCGUACACCAGCAUCCAAUUCGAAAACCCAUCGAAAACCAAACCGAUGACUGCCACCAUCUGGCCUCACCAUUCUUGUGACAAGGGGAAUGAAAGAAAGAUCGUUGUUCCGAAGGGCACCAGAUCUGCCUGCCAAAAUAAGACAACUUACUCCUAUAAAGGCCGUUUUUGA